AUGGAGAAACAUGCCGAUGUAAAGAGCAAAAGCAAUCGUGAGCACUCGUCGAAGAGGCGGCAGCGGCCUCAAGAGCCACCAAAAUUUUACAGUAAAAACUACUUAAGAAGGUACAAUCACGGUGAGGUACGAGCUUCAACGCCAACCUUACUGACUGUCAAAAAGAAUUUAAUGUCCGAUCAGACAGCAGCCAGCACUACUGCCACCGAGGCCGCUGCUCCGACGAGAAGCCAACAAAAUGAAGAGCAAAACAGCAGCGGAGCAGUGAUAGCCAUAUCGCCGACGAUCUUAAAGUUGGCAGACGCGAGUGAGACGCUGGUGGAGAUUAGCAAAAACGAAAACCCCUACAAUCGAGCUCGAUCCAGCUCGAAGCCCGCGAACCAGCAGUUGUCGGAUUAUCGUUACAGUCUCCUUAAUGCGAUGUCCUCGGUAAAAUCGAGCUACUUCAAGUGCGACGCUCUGUCGGGCAGCGACGAGCGAGCAUCUAACGAGCAGAGCAGCCUGUCGUCUCGCGAAGACGAAUUAGCCAGGCACGAUACCUUCAAGAAAGUCAAAGCCAAAGUCGAGGAGGCUAUAAAGCGGCACAAGGUAUUUCUCAUACGAGGCGAAUUGCCAAGGCUGAAGGAGGCUCUCGAGGAGCGCGGUUGGGUGCAGAAGUACGAGCCGAGCAGGACGAGAUCACUUCCAUAUGGUUGUGUGAAUCUCGAGUCGGUUAAGUCACUUGGCGAUGUAAGGCUUGCUGACGGCACACUCAAUGAACGAGCAUUAACCUAUGCAUUGUUGAGACAUACGCAACCAGAUUUCAUAUGGGACUGCCGCAAUGACUUUAUCGAGUGGGAUCGCUCAAUUGCCGCUAGUGUACUUCUCAAUCGAUUUCACAAGCCUUCGCUCUACACUUCCAAGUUGGGCAUGGCCCACGUGCUGCAAGAAGCGCAUUGGCUGUACGAAGCAAGCGUCGCGGACGUGCUCUUUCCCCGCAGCUACAACCCCAGUCGUGAGCUUGCGGCUUUCGUGGCAGAUUUUCGGCGUUGUACCACUGUCGCACUGCUCAGGCGGUUUAUACGCCGCAUCACGAAUACCGAAGCCAACAAUCCAGAUACCGAUGAACUGCAACAAGAAUCGACAGAUGGAGGAGGUGGCGGUGGUAGUGGCGGCGAGCCUGAGAUCCCUCUGGAGACGAUCGAGUUUGCAGUAAGACGUUGCGAAGAACAAAUCGCCGAAUUGGAGCACGAGGACAUCGACGCCGAGGUGGACAGCGAGAUAAGCGAAGAGGAAUGGCUAUUAUUCAGUGCAGAUUGCGAGAGACUCUUGUACAAGCCUAAUGGAAUGGCAAAUUUACCGAAGUCUGAUCCCAAUCGACUUGAGAUGCUUCACGCAGCAGCUCAAUCGGCAUUGGAGAAGCUAUCAAGAUUGGAUUCUCAAUUCAAGUUGAAUGGUGAAAGAAACAUAUGGAUCGUCAAGCCAAGUAAUUUAUGCUGUGGUUCGGGCAUCUUCGUGACACACGAGAUUAAAACUAUCAUGCAGCGCGUGGAUAGCAAACCUCGUGACUACUACAUCGUUCAAAAGUACAUCGAGCGUCCUCUCCUCGUGCAUGCCACCAAAUUUGACAUUCGACAGUGGUUCCUCGUCACCUCUACCUUCCCUAUGACUAUAUGGACUUUCAAGGAGGCUCUGCUGCGACUCAGCUCCAAGCCCUACACCUCUACAACUUAUCACGAAGCGAUCCAUCUAUGCAAUACGGCUGUGCAAGAGAGAUAUGACCUCGAACGGCGACGGAGACGAAGCCGUGGAGAAGAGCUUGCCAACGAUCAGCAGCAGCACCAAGCCAGCGUUCGUGAUCAGGGAUGGAACUGCGAGAAGCUCAACGAAUACUUGAAAAGCUUAGGCCACGAAGGUGAGCCAUACUACGAGAGGAUCUACCCAGCGAUGUCGCGUGCGAUUGUGCUGACGAUGCUGGCGGCACAAGACUUCAUGGACCGGCGGCGUUGCAGCUUCGAGCUCUAUGGUGCAGAUUUCAUGGUUAUGGACGAUCUUUCGGUUUGGCUCAUCGAGAUAAACACCAAUCCCAGGAUGCAUCCACCAAGCUCCAGGAUCACCCAUAGACUUUAUGCCGCUGUACUCGAUAGUCUGGUCAAGGUGGUGCUCGAUCUACCAUUGAACCCUCAGGCCGAUACAGGUGGCUUUGAACUAACCUAUCGACAGCCUGUUCCCGACACACAACCUUACCUCGGGCCUUGUCUCUUUGCUUUUGGUAAAACAAUGACGUUGCAUGAACCGCCAACGAAUUACGCGAAGAAACGUUGCACUUGGAUAAGUGUUAACGGGAAACAAUGCCGCGCGGUCACUGCGCCGCCAGUGAUCCAACAUCAACCAAAGGUCGUCGAUUUCAUAGUUUAUCUCAAUAGUGCCUCCUCGGCUUGCAAAGAAGAUCUCGAGGAUGAAGUUCGAGCACUGAAUUGAUAUUGAUAAGUCAUUGUCCCGUCGCUACAGCUGCUGCACAUCCUGGGACAUUUAGUUUCCUCCGUCGAUUUACAAUCUUCCGACAGUUAUGAAAGUCUCCUCUCUCGGUCGAUCAACGGCUAGAUUCGAUUAAGCGACCUACAAUUCAACUCGCCGUUUAAAUUAUGUCUAGUACUGGUGUUUCGAGGAAAUCAACCUAGUUUUAAAAUAAAUCGCGUGGCUUAAAUACAUCAAUUAUGUGCUCUUCACUAGAUAUUUUCAAUAAUAAAUUCAAUAACGGAUAUUAAAUCACAGUAGAAAUGAAAAUAAAUAAUAAAAGAAGUAAAAAUUGCUGGG